GUUUCCUUUUGGGCGCUCCGGAACUGAUGUAUUCUUCGAUCUGACGACUCAUACUGGGUCCAAGUCAAUGUGGUAAUGCGCACGACUCGCUCAUGUCAGUGGGAUGUGUGAAGCAUGGACUUCGACUUUGGUUCGGUUCAUGUGGAACGAGGACGGCUUUGGAAGGAAUCGGGCUGGAUUUCACCCAGAAUUCUACGCGCGUGUCAUUCAGUGGUGUUUGCUACGUGUUUCUCCUGGGACGAACCGGGCUUGCUAAAUAUUGCCGGCGGUCUUACAAACGAUGGUAAUCUAUCAAAAUUUUCCGCUGGCCAUCGGGGCUGGCUUCCACACCGAGGAGUGCUUGGCCCUCAACGGACGAGGCCGUCAAGUCACGUGUAGUCAUCACAAAAUCAUGUGAUCGCGUCUCCUUGUUUCGUGCCAUGAUGAUCAUGCGCACAAACACAUUUGCUGAUCAUGAUUUGUAGAGCGUGCGCGCGUCUCUCCUCAUUGAUGUCUUUCAUAUUUCGUUUGCCUCUGUACCCCUUUGACACUCCAGACCCGUGAGACCUGCUGCGGAAGAGCGAGAAAUGGAGGUCAAAGUCUCACCUACCCGCCCACCAUAAGUUCCCGCACCUGCUCGUACUCCUCCAACAACUUUCUUGUUCUGCUACCCCCACCUUCCAGUGGAAUUUUCUUUGCUUUUACCUGCUUUCACAAUGCUUGCCUCCUUCCCCGAUAUUCAGGUCGGCCAGACUCUCGACGCCGGACGUCUCGAGCUGGUCAAGCUUCUCGGUGCGGGGUCGCACGGGGUCGUGUAUCGCGCGCGCGACACGACGUCCCCUUUUGCCUGUCCCGUUUUCUACGCAGUCAAGUGCCUGGGUGAUGCGUCUCCACAGAUUGACAACGAGGUCGCGUACCACACCGCGUGCUCGGGCCACCCGUCGGUCGUGACGCUGCAUCGCCCGUUCGUCGAGGACGGCGUUGCGUUUGCGGUGCUGGACGCGAUGGACGGCAACCUGUGGACGCACAUUGACCGCGGGGUGUACCGCUUCGGGGAGGCGGCGCUGAAGACGGUGUUCCUGCAGAUCCUCGACGGCGUCCAGGCGAUCCACGCGCAGGGCAUCGCGCACCGGGAUCUGAAGCCGGAGAACAUCCUGUGCUCGAGCGACGGGCUGGCUGCCAAGAUCUGCGACUUUGGACUCGCGGUCGACAACGAGGUCCCGGCGUGGAAUGUCGGCGGCACGCAGGCUUACAUCCCACCUGGUCAGUCGAUCCACUGCGACGCCCGCGCACAUGCUGAUGACAGCGACAGAGGCUCUUUCGCCCGAGUGGACACCGACGACCUUCGAUCACACGGCCGGCGAUCUGUGGGCGCUCGCCAUCGUCUUGCUGAACAUGAUCGGCGGGUGCUGCCCGUGGGACGAGGCAGCGCCGCACGACCCCGCCUGGGCCUCGUUCUGCGCGGACCCGGCGGUGCUCAAGACGCGCUUCCCGAUCUCGGACGCGCUGCACGCCGUGCUGCUGCGCAUGCUCCACCCGGACCCCGCGCAGCGUCCGGCCCUCGCGGCGCUGCGCGUGGAAAUCGCGGCGAUGGACCGCAUGAUGCGCACCGAGGGGCUGGUCAAUACGGCGGCGAUCGCUGCGUUCGGGUUCGUCGGGUCGCUCGUCAACUGCGCGAAGGGACUCGUCUGGGGCCAUGCUGCGGGCGGGUGGGAGCCGGCGCCUGCUUAUGUCGUCGCCGCUUCCUCUCGUGUCAGCCACGCGUCGUCUGUGUCCUCGACGAAAGCCGAGUGCUGCGCCUCCAUGUUCAGAUUUGGGCCGUCGGACGAGUCGCUCGGUCACGCUGAUUCACUGUUUGAUGUCCAGUCUGUCGUCGAAUCCGAUUCCGUCGCCACCUCUGGGUAAGAUAAAGAAAAGCUUGCACUCCGCUAUCUAAGCUCACCUUGCCUCUAGCACCGAUUCUCUCGUCUCCAGCAGCACGGCCGAUUCCGUCCAAUCUUGGUUCUCGGCGAUGUCGACCCCAGACUCCGAGCAGGAUACCGCGUUGGCCCGCAAGGAGUUUGACGACGAUCACCACCACCACUACGACGACGACGACGACAAGGUCUACGGGCACUCAAUGCUCGCCUUUUCCGCGCAACGAUACGUGAUGCGCCCCGACCCAUUUGGCAAGAUGCUGCUGCUACCCGUGGCACCGCCGGUUCCCGUCGCCCUGGACGACUGCUCCGGGCUGCGGCCUCCCCCCGCUCGCGCGUUCCUCCGCCGCCCGAAGCUCGCAUCGAUGCUCACCAGUGUGUCGGAGAAGAACACGCGCUCGAUGCGGCGGCUGCGUCACUGGCUCCGGCGGACGCAGUCUGCUUGAGGGGGUCAUGUUUUUCUUCUUCUUCUUCUUCUCUUCUCUCAUUCUCUUGUCAUUCUUGCUAGUUCUCGUGUUGUGCUGCCUGCUUUGUUGGCUAAUCGCCUCUUCCACAGCGUGGAUCCUACUAUGUUUUGCUGACGGUUUUCUAGCUGUGAUUUCGUUGAUUCCGCUGACCUUUCCCAGAUCGCGUUCCCGUCACUUCCAAAGCCACUUUGACCCUUACAACGCUAACGUGCUCCCCCCUUCCGCGGCCGAAUCGACUCGCAUAGUAGCAGCAGCUUAUCGCAUUGAGCAUCCUAGGCCACACAACAGCACAGAUGAGUCGAUCCUCCUCCUCUCCCUCCCCCCAUCCCGCUGUCGAGUAUCAAGGGACUGGCCAUCCCAAAGACACCUCGCCGGCGGGCCCCCGGGCGUUCUCCUCACCCCCCGCACAAAAUUCUGACCCCCUUUCGCGGAGCAGAUCCAAUAUAUCGCGCUGCAUGCGGUAUGCGACGUAUCGCGACCCCCACGAAAAAGAUGAGUCGUCCUCUCCCAUCCGAUCUCGCUGGCGCUGGCUUUUUGUGGAGCGGAGAGACUGGCCAUCUCGAUGCCGCUUCUUGGAACCGGUGCCGGGGAUCGAUCAUACCGUCCUACCUACCUCUGCUCUCAUCCGGAUCGUUCUGACCCCCUUGUUGCACAGCGCUUUGAGUUACGACGACGCCCGGGACCCGCGCGGAUAAAGAUGAGUGUUUCUGUCCCUCCCUCCCUCCCUCCCUGCCGCUCAGAAAGCUCCGUCGGGAUUGGCCAUCCCGUCGGAGUUUUCCGAUCGGCGGCAUAAUCGUCUUUGCUUCUGGAUCUGCCCGCUCGCUGAUUCCUCGUUCUCUUAGUAUCCAGUUCGCGGCGCCGGCGGUAUUCCUUCACGCCUGAGAUUUCGUUUGCGAGAUCGCUCUGCAAUAUGCGAUGCGCGUGUGAAUGGGUGCAAUGGCGCUGUUUCGUCGACGCUGCUGUGGAUGUAUGUAUGUAUGUACCGUACCGUGCUUGAAGUGUAUCAACGCGAGAUGUCGAACUGCCGAGAAGCUUUCACUUGCUGUACAGUACGCACGCAUCCGCGAGACGAUUCCUCGCACGAGACGAAGCGACGAUGUAAGGAACAGCCAGUCCAGGGCAGGGCAGGACAGUGCUCGUGGAGAGCACAUUUUAUUUCUUUCCUCAGUAUGAUCGUAUGACGCAUGUGUGAGCGAUCCGAAGGAGGUAUGCCAGUGCACAAUGACGGGGACGUAGGAGCGCGUCGGUGGCAGCACGGCGAUACGUACGGCACAUUGCCUUGCCGCAAGCCAUGUAGAAAUGAAGGACAAGUACAGGCAUUUAUAAACACGGUUCACUACUACCGCUGCCUAGAAGCAACACAGCUUACCAGUCCUGCAGAAAACGUCAGCACGCGGUUCAUCGGUGGCAGGACUACUACAGCGAGACGUGGGGGAGGGAUCAGAGAUUCGACAAUAUCAACAGCGCAGCUGCCCGCCUCCUUUUUGUACACGGGAGACUUUGGUGUGAGCAGCCGGUUCGUGUCCGCCCGUCGAAUGUUUUCAUCAGGGAAUGGGAUGCGGGGGGGGCGGGGGUAUGGAAAACGAACGGAGAGAGACGAUGGGGAGAGGGUACUGACCAUGUGGAAACCGGAACGCGAGCCACGGACGUUGAGAGGAAACCUGAAAUACACGCGCGUCAGCUCGAGCUUGCCCAAUACGACGACGACGACGACGAGACGGGAAAAAAAGUUCAGACAAGGCUGAAAUCGAUAAAGUAUUCCACAGCAUGUUUCGGAAUGUGGUAAAGUAUGGUAUGAUUUGGAUCAUCACUGGAAGAGAUGGGGGUUCGGACGCGCAGACACAUACCUUGCGUCCGAGGUCAAGAUGGUGGUACAGGAAAAAAGAGGUAUAAGGUGGCGGUGCAUGUCUUUGCCCAAUUUGGGCACCCGCGAUGACGCACCCAGGCCCCCACGUGCUGAGCCCCUUUCAAUCUUGCCUCGACCUGCCACUGAAACCCAGAGCGAUAUCAUAUAUAUGUUCUCCUUGCUCCCGGCUGCCCUGCGCCUAUCCGUGGCGUCUCUUCUCUGGAACAACGGGUGGGAGACAGGCACGCCGCACGCCGGCUCCUCGACUCCACCAGCGCCACCCGCGACACGCUUCCAGCUGCGGCACGAGCACGCGAUGUUCGGCGCCGGACGCAGCGUCUACUCGAACAUCCCGCCCCCUCCUCAUUCUUCUCCGUCCUCGCUCGACUCCGGCACGCACAGCGAGGGCUGGGAGUACGCUGUCCCGACGACGGCCAUCCGCACGCACCGACCCCGCUCCCCUCGCGCGUUCGCGCACGCGCGCUGGAGUGCCGGGCAGACGCCCGUGUCGACGUGGGACCUCGUGGAGGAUCUGCCUGCGCCCGACGUGUCGAAGCGCGCGACGCUCCUCGCGCUCGCGAAGAUGACGUCCAACUCGUAUUACGGCGAUGCGGGGCACAAGCUGUGGUACCCGCUCGAGGGAUGGAAUACGAGCAUCCCUUUCGGCUGGGAGCCAGACGCGGACGGGUUCCGGGGCCAUAUCUUCGUGAGCGACGAUAACAGCACGGUCGUCGUCUCCGUCAAAGGGACCUCCGCGCCGUGGAUCGCAGGCGGCGAGGGGCCCACGAAGAAGAAGGACAAGCUGAACGACAACCUGCUCUUCUCGUGCUGCUGCGCGCGCGUCGGCCCGACGUGGUACCCGGUGUGCAACUGCUACGCUGGCGGAGACAAGUGCGACGCCAACUGUGUGGAGGAGGCGCUGAUCGAUGAGAGCUUGUUCUACCAUGUUGGGAUUAAUCUAUAUAACGAUGUCGCUUUUAUGUACCCUGAGGCGAACAUUUGGCUGACAGGGCACAGCCUCGGCGGAUCUCUGGCCGCCCUGCUUGGAGCCACGUUCGGUGUACCCGUCGUGGCAUUCGAGACCCCCGGGGAGAAGAUGGCAGCAACGCGUCUCCAUCUACCUUCACCUCCCUCGACGCACCAUAUCACGCAUGUGUACCACACGGGCGACCCGAUCCCGAUGGGAACCUGCACGGGAGUCACGUCCUCUUGCGCCAUCGGCGGAUACGCUCUCGAGUCCAAAUGUCACCAGGGGAAGCGCAUCCUGUAUGACACUGUGACGAAACGCGGCUGGUCGGUUGACUCUCGACAGCACGGCAUCGCCUUCAUUGUCGAGAAGCUGCUGAACGAGGACUGGGAUGCCGAGGCUGGAUUGGAGGUCCCGGAGAUCGACGAGCAGACGGACUGUGUAGAUUGCUUCAAUUGGGACUUUGGGUCGUCCAAGUAGAUGUGCCAGAGCGCGCUGGGGAGUUCUCUUUGCGGAUCCGAGUGCCUCCUAACUAAUGGACACGAUUCUGGUCGCUCAGUGUGCAGCUUCCACAAGAGACUCGGCUGUGGGCGAAGCGCUCAUUAAUUAGCGAGCCAAGCUCUGUAAAUUAUCAUGAUUUACGUGGUUUCUAUGACCGACCACCCUGGUUCCUACUGGGCCAGCGGAUCCGAUCCGGUACAGCUCAGAAUGUUUUUACGUCAAAAUGCCAUGGUUUGUCGACAAAUUCAUCCCGCUCUUGACCGCCCGAAGCCUCGGUAACCUACUAC